AAUUGGCGACCGCAAGCUGAAGAACACUUAAAAAAAUCUUGGAGGAAAAGAGAGAGAAUCAUCUUUUUCUUUCUAAUAGAAACUAUAAAAUGAGGAUUGUGCUAAGGGCCUUAGGGUUUAUACUGUUGUUGGAUGAGUUGCUUCUUUCCAUGGCAGCUAAGCCGCCCAAUGUCCAUUAUGAUUUUGUUGUAAAGGAGGCGAAUUACACGAAGCUAUGCAGCACAAAGAGCAUAUUAACUGUUAAUGGCAGCUUUCCAGGGCCAACCAUUACCGUACACAAAGGGGAUACUAUUUCUGUUACCGUGCACAAUAAGGGCAGAUAUGGCCUCACAAUUCACUGGCAUGGAGUAAAACAACCAAGAAAUCCAUGGUCAGAUGGUCCGGAAAACAUCACACAGUGUCCAAUUCAAGCAGGAGCAAGUUUUACUUAUCAAGUUAUUUUCUCUGAUGAAGAAGGAACUUUGUGGUGGCAUGCCCACAGUGAUUGGACACGUGCUACCGUCCAUGGUGCUAUUAUCAUUUUACCUCCUAGGGACAAAAGUUAUCCUUUCGCAACUCCUUAUGCACAACAAGCUAUUAUAAUAGCAUCAUGGUAUAAGGCAGACGUGAUGGCCGUAUAUGAUGAGGCCGUUACAACCGGAGGUGAUCCAAACGCAUCUGAUGCUUUCACAAUCAAUGGACAACCAGGAGCUUUAUACGAUUGCUCCAAGGGAACUACAUAUCGUAUCUUGGUAAAUUAUGGGAAGACGUAUCUUUUCCGAAUAAUCAAUGCGGUAUUGAACGAGGAACUUUUCUUUGGAAUUGCGAAACACAAAAUCACGGUGGUCGGAACAGAUGGCGAAUACAUAAAACCUAUAAUUACAGAUUACAUCAUGAUAUCUCCAGGACAAACCAUGGAUGUUUUGGUCACAACAAACCAGACACCAAGUUACUACUACAUGGCUGCUUCAGCAUUUGCUGAUGCUACUGCAUCUUUUGACAACACCACCACAACAGCAAUUCUCCAAUACAAUGCUAGUUACACUCCUCCUUCAACAAUUCCUUCACCAACACUUCCUUCUUACACUGACAGAGAAGCUGCUGAAAAUUUUACUAGUAAGUUGAGGUCCUUGGCAAGCACAGAGCACCCAGUUUGUGUCCCAAAGGAUAUUACAACACAAAUGUUCAUUUCAGUUUCUGUGAAUCAAGAACUUUGCCCCAAUGCUUCAUGUUCUGGACCUAAUGGGACUAGACUCUCUGCAAGCUUAAACAAUAUUAGCUUUGUGACCCCAACCAUUGAUGUAUUGCAAGCAUAUUACAGAAGCUUAAAAGGGCAUCGUGGAAAGAAGGGCUCUGAUAAUGAGAUUUACACCACAGAUUUUCCCCUUAAACCACCUUAUUUUUACAACUUCACAGGAGAUGUUGGGAACAAUACCAUGAACCCAAGCUUAGGGACAAAGGUGAAGUUAAUAAACUAUAUGGAGCAAGUUGAGAUAGUGUUUCAAGGAACAAAUGUUAUGGCUCCGGAGAACCACCCAAUGCAUCUCCAUGGUUUUAGCUUCUAUUUGGUUGGAACAGGCUCAGGAAAUUUUAACUAUAAAACAUCACCAAAGUCAUAUAAUUUGGUUGAUCCACCUAAAGUCAACACUUUUGGUGUUCCUAAGAAUGGAUGGGCCACUAUCAGAUUUGUUGCUGAUAAUCCUGGAGUAUGGUUUAUGCAUUGUCAUUUGGAAAGACAUGCUACCUGGGGAAUGAACACUGUGAUUAUAGUGAAGAAUGGAAACGGAAAGAAUUCAAGCAUUCUCCCACCACCUGAUAAUCUUCCAUCUUGCUCCAAGUCUUAACUCCUUCGAAGUCUUAAUUAUAUCUGUCUUCUAUAAAUAGAAAUAAUGACUAAAGAGUUGUUUUUCUUUGAAAAAAAAAAAAAGGGAAAGAAAACAAUCCUUAUAUUAUAUAUAUAUAUAUAUAUAUAUAUAUAAGGAAUAUUAGUAGGGGUGACAUCCUCCAUCAAGAGCUAAAUGAAUGAAUUUAUUGCUGUCUGAUGUAUGUGGUUAAUGUAAUUAGUCCACGAUUACGUAUAAUCAAUUGCAAUUAGAUCUUCACCCCCCAUCAAAAGGUGGU